GAGCUGCCUGACUUCCAGACUGCUGUAGCUCGGUAACAGUGGAGGACAUCGAGAGGACAGAGCUGCUUUCAGCUUGGAUUAUAUUAUACCCCAGGAGCUGCACUGUUACAGUGGGGGGGCUGGUGUGUGGAGAGGGGGUACAGUGUGUUAUUAAGAGAACGAGGGCAGUUGGAACUACAGAGCCGUGUAUGUGAGCGGUACAAUGUGUGUGUCUGUAUAAGGGGGGUACGUUGUAUGUGUGUGUUAACGAUGCGGUCGGAGCGUGCGAGCCGUGUGUGUAUCGUGGUGCUGGAGGAGGAGGAGGAGGAUGAACAUUCCUCUCCUCCUCGUCCCUCUCCUCCUCACCCCAAACCCUCUCCGGACCGCAAGUCCCAUCAUGCCGUAUGUCGCAGAUCUCAGGAAGACAAGCCCUCUCUGCUGAAAGCCAUCUUCAGUGUGGACCCUAAUGAAGUCCGCUCCCUCAUAUUCAAGAAGGAGGAUGUAAACGUACAGGACAGUGAGAAAAGGACCCCGCUCCACGCUGCAGCCUACCUAGGAGACGCUGACAUCAUCGAACUCCUCAUCCUCUCAGGAGCCAGAGUAAAUGCUAAAGACAAUAAGUGGUUAACUCCUCUUCACCGAGCUGUCGCCUCCUGCAGCGAGGAUGCAGUGUGUAUGUUGAUAAAACACAGUGCUGAUGUGAACGCGCGGGAUAAGAACUGGCAGACUCCUCUCCAUGUUGCUGCCAACAACAAGGCUAUCCGCGUUGCCGAGGCCCUCGUCCCAUUGCUUAGCAACGUCAAUGUGUCGGACCGGGGUGGACGCACAGCCCUGCACCAUGCUGCCUUCAGCGGACACCUGGAGAUGGUGAAGCUGCUUCUCUCCAGAGGAGCUAACAUCGACGCCUUUGAUAAGAAAGACAGGCGAGCCAUCCACUGGGCUGCCUACAUGGGUCAUAUGGAGGUGGUGAGGUUGUUGGUGUCUAGUGGAGCAGAGAUGGACUGUAAAGAUAAGAACUCUUAUACUCCUCUACAUGCCGCUGCCUCUAGUGGGAUGACUACCACUGUCCAAUACCUGCUGGGGCUGGGGGUACAGAUAAACCAGGGUAAUAUUUAUGGUAACUCUGCUCUCCAUAUGGCCAGUUAUAAUGGCCAGGAUGUGGUGGUCAACGAACUCAUAGAGGCUGGAGCUUCCAUCAACCAGGUGAAUGAGAGGGGUCUGUCUGCGCUGCACUUCUCAGCCUGUUCCCGCCAGGGGGCGCUGUGUCUGGAACUACUGCUUGGGAACGGAGCUAACGUCAACAUCAGGAGUAAGGAUGGGAAGACCCCUCUCCACAUGGCAGCGGUCCAUGGAAGGUUCUCUCGUUCUCAGGCUGUCAUUCAAAACGGUGCGGAGGUGGACUGUGAGGAUAAGAAUGGGAACUCUCCUCUUCACAUCGCUGCUCGCUACGGACACCAGUUACUGAUUAACACUCUGCUCACACACGGAGCCAACACCGCCAAGCGUGGCGUCCAUGGCAUGUUCCCCCUCCAUCUGGCAGCUCUCAGUGGCUUCUCUGACUGCUGCAGGAAACUGCUCUCCUCAGACUUCCACAUAGACACUCCUGACCACUUUGGAAGGACUUGUCUACAUGCUGCAGCUGCAGGAGGGAACCUGGAGUGUUUGAAUCUGCUGUUGAAUACAGGAGCAGAUUUCAACAGAAAGGACAGGUUUGGAAGGACUCCUCUUCACUAUGCCUGUUGUAACAGUAAAUCUCAGUGUGUGUUUGCCCUGGUGGGGUCUGGUGCUGGAGUCAACGAGCUGGAUGAGAGGGGCUGUUCUCCUCUACACUACGCUGCUGCUGGCACAGAGGGAAAGUGUGUAGAGUACCUGUUGAGGAGCGAUGCCAACCCAGGGAUCAGAGACCGACAGGGCUACAACCCAGUCCACUAUGCAUCGGCAUACGGACACACACUCUGCCUUGAACUGAUAUCCAGGGAGACUCCUCUAGAUGUGCUGAUGGAGACAUCUGGUACAGACAUCCUGAGUGACUCUGAUAGCCACGCCCUCAUCAGCCCCCUUCACCUCGCGGCGUACCAUGGUCACUGUGGCGUGUUGGAGGUGUUGGCUGCUGGUCUGUUGGAGGUGGACAUUCGGACCCCUGAGGGCCGGACCCCGCUCUCCCUAGCCUGCUCCAGGGGCCACCAGGAGUGUGUGUCACUUUUACUGCACCACGGAGCUCACACACACACCAAGGAUUACACGCUGAAGAGGACAGCCUUACAUGUUGCAGCGAUGAACGGCCACUCUGACUGUCUCCGUCUUCUCAUCAACAACACAGACACACACAACUCUGUAGAUGUACAAGACGCCAACGGACAGACCCCUCUGAUGCUGGCGGUACUGAGCGGACACACAGAGAGUGUGUAUUCUCUACUGAGUAGAGGAGCUGACGUAGAGGCUAAAGACCACUGGGGCAGGACUGCACUACACCGCGGGGCGGUGUCGGGUCAUGAGGAGUGUGUUGAGGCAUUGUUGCAGCGUGGGGCGAGUGUGUGUGUAUGUGACCGGGCAGGGCGCUCUCCGCUACACCUGGCAGCAGCUUGCGGACACACCGGGGUGCUGGGAGCACUACUUCAGGCUGCUAAUGCCUUGCACACUCACACACUUCUUACCGACAACCACGGAUACACACCGCUGCACUGGGCCUGCUACAAUGGUUAUGAUGGGUGUGUAGAGUUGUUGUUGGAACAGGAAAUGUUCAAGAAGACACAGGGAAACCACUUCAGCCCUCUGCACUGUGCCGUUAUGAAUGACAACGAGGGAGUCGCUGAGAUGUUGAUCAACUCUCUGGGUUCUGCUAUAGUCAACACUACAGACACCAAGGGCAGGUCUCCCCUCCAUGCGGCAGCAUUCUCAGACCACGUGGAGUGUGUGUCCUUGUUGUUGAGUCACGGAGCUCAGGCGAACACCUCCGACACACACACACGGACCACGCCGCUGAUGAUGGCAGCGCACAACGGACAGACCAACGCUGUGGAGGUGUUGGUGAGCAGUGCUAAGGCAGACCUCACACUACAGGAUACUAACAAGAACACAGCUCUUCACCUGGCCUGUAGCAAGGGCCAUGAGACCAGUGCGUUGUUGAUACUAGAGAAGAUAUCAGACAGAAACUUUAUCAACUGCACCAACACUUCUCUACAGACGCCCCUCCAUGUAGCAGCUAGGAAUGGUCUGACCGUAGUAGUUCAGGAGCUGCUGGGGAAAGGAGCCAGUGUUCUAGCGGUGGAUGAGAACGAACAAGAAAUAAACAUCAGAUUAAGCUGUCCCAGUUUAUUUGAUGUCCCACGUUUUCUGAACUGACCCUACCUGGCCUGCUGCAGGAAAGUGCCCAUUUGGGGAUGUCAGAUCUUUAGUCUUAAAGCUGCACUAUGCAGAAAUUCUCUGCUGUUUCCUUGUUGCUAAAAUUCAAAUAGUUCGCCUAAUUUCUGUUUGUGACAAAACAAGAAUCAUUGUACCAGCUAAACUGCUGUGAAAUAUGUUUUUCAUAACCAAAAAUAAGUAUUUUCAGCUGUUUGAAGCUGGUGUAGAAAACCGAAAGUUAGAUGCAAAAACUAAAUUUAAGAGUGGGAAGCAUAGAAAUAGCACACACAGAAAAUAUCUACCGCUUCUUAGACUUGCUUUCAGUGAAGAAUGACAGAUCUAUAACUCACCUUUAUGUGAAUUUGGUGGUUGCCCAAAUUCAGCUGUAAAUCACCACCACAGUAAGUCAAGCCUUUUUAUUUUUUAUCCAUUGUGAACAAUAAUAGUUCCUCACAAAUCAUGUUUCCAGCCAACCUUUUUAUGCGCGUAAAGUACAUCUUGGAUAAAAGAAAUGACAUGACCGGCCCGAUGGAAAUAGAAAAUAUGUCAGUAAACUUUGCAAAUGUCGACAAAACAAAAUGCCCUCGACAAGGUGGGAUCUUUUUGUGUCGGUAAAAUGAAUUAUGUGAGAAAUAUCGGCGGUAACUCUAGGCACAAAUAUUGCUAUAAUAACCCAUCAUAUCGAUGUAAACUUGAAGUCACGCGAUGACAGGUUGUCUGGUCCUCCCACAUAGGCUGGUGAAAGUGCAAGGUGAUGAGUUUGACCCUCCUUUUCAAUAAAUAUUAAGGGUCUUAUUCUGUUGACAUGAUCAUCGAUGCAUUUUUUUUUUGCAUUGCUUGGCUCCCAUUUGACAAAUAAAAAUAAUUUAGCUCUUUUGUCUAUAAUAAUCUCAUCAUGUAGGAUAUACCCACACUGUGUCUAAUCUCAUCGUGUAGGCUAUACCCACACUGUGUCUAAUCUCAUCAUGUAGGCUAUACCCACACUGUGUCUAAUCUCAUCGUGUAGGAUAUACCCGCACUGUGUCUAAUCUCAUCGUGUAGGAUAUACCCGCACUGUGUCUAAUCUCAUCGUGUAGGCUAUACCCGCACUGUGUCUAAUCUCAUCGUGUAGGCUAUACCCGCACUGUGUCUAAUCUCAUCGUGUAGGCUAUACCCGCACUGUGUCUAAUCUCAUCGUGUAGGCUAUACCCACACUGUGUCUAAUCUCAUCGUGUAGGCUAUACCCGCACUGUGUCUAAUCUCAUCGUGUAGGCUAUACCCGCACUGUGUCUAAUCUCAUCGUGUAGGCUAUACCCGCACUGUGUCUAAUCUCAUCGUGUAGGCUAUACCCACACUGUGUCUAAUCUCAUCGUGUAGGCUAUACCCACACUGUGUCUAAUCUCAUCAUGUAGGCUAUACCCACACUGUGUCUAAUCUCAUCAUGUAGGCUAUACCCGCACUGUGUCUAAUCUCAUCGUGUAGGAUAUACCCGCACUGUGUCUAAUCUCAUCGUGUAGGAUAUACCCGCAUUGUGUCUAAUCUCAUCGUGUAGGAUAUACCCGCACUGUGUCUAAUCUCAUCGUGUAGGCUAUACCCGCACUGUGUCUAAUCUCAUCGUGUAGGAUAUACCCGCAUUGUGUCUAAUCUCAUCGUGUAGGCUAUACCCGCAUUGUGUCUAAUCUCAUCAUGUAGGAUAUACCCGCACUGUGACCGUGAGCUGUUGGCUAGAGCGCACGUGCCAAUACCAGAGUGGACACACUGUACAUAACACAACAUGCUUUGUGAGUAAACCAUCAGUAGAGUCAAAAAUAUGAUGGAAAUCCAUUUAACUUUCUAAUGUUUUAUUCGGUACAUGGGAAUUUAACCGCAAAAGGUGUGUGCACGGUCAGUCUUUUUUUUAAAGUAAAUUUGAUGGAAAUUAUUAUGUAGUGGGCUCAUUUCUUUUGCCUACGUAAAUUUGAGCAUAUUUGCAUGAAAAUCGGUCUCCAAUAUAUACAAAAAAAAUGUCCAACACUCUCCCCCUCGAUAAUCACCAAGCCUCUGUAUGAAAGAGCAAAAUGUCACGCUCGGAGGAUCCCACAUAUACAGUGGAAACAUCAUAAAAUAACUGAACUUUUCCUUUGCCCAAAAACAGCUGUGUCCAUCCCAAGCUCACUGGCGCAAGAAACUCUUAGGGCCCAGCUAGUUGUUGCAAGUUCGCUACAGUGACCCCUUUGGGACAGACUCAGUUGAUUUGAUUCUAUACAAUGUUGCACUUUAUUAGCAAAUGCUCAAAUCAAGACCGAUAGAAAGGGAGGCAGACAGGCAGAGUAGAGAGUUGAAUGCGAUUGAAAGAACCUGCAUUUUCAUCCGGAUAUUUAUUAAUGUUUUUAUUUGUCAGCUUUAUGUAUUUUUACUUAGUUGGCAAUGAAAGUUAUAGGCCUACAGCACUGUUGCAUUGGCCUAUAAGCAAUCUUUAGCCGCCAAUAGCUCACGGUGUAUCAAUGUCCAUACAUAUGGCAGAGGCUGGUGAUCUCGCAUUAGUUGAAUUUUAGAUUUGUAUUUUUAUUCAUUGUACGUGACAAUGAUUUUGAGAAACAAAACGUUAUUAUCGAAAGGAAACUGUUCCAACUUUAUCAAGCAUCGCAUUAUAUUGGAAAAUGCAGUUUAUUUUCUUCUCAGCCAUGGUCAGCUUAGAAAUUGAUGAAUAGAGCUAAAAAUUUGAAAUCGCUAAUUUUCAUGAAUAGCUAUUGAUUUGGAAACACAUAUGUAGGCCUAAAAAGUUGCUCAUGACAUUGUCAUACAUUUGGUCUGCCUGUAGGCUCCAGAAAAGGCCACUGGGUCUCCCAACACUCUCUUCAGGCCACUCCAGACAUUUCACAUUUUUAACUGGAAAACCUGAUGAAUUUAUUCAUCUAAUCAUCAAGCCUUUGACUAAUUGAAUGCGGUGUGCCAGUUUAGGGUUAAAACAAAGAUGUGAAACGUCUGGGGGGCCGAGGAGAGGGUUGGGAAACGCUGGACCUGCCUGCAUGAUAUGUUAGAUGACAUUGACAGAGCAUUGUUGGCGCAGCGUCUCCUGCACCACUCGAUGGGCAUGGGCAAGAUACAUAUUUUGCGCCCCUGCCUUUGGCAAAGUGGGCACUUAUCAUGGCCCUGCAUCAGCACUCCCUUUAAUAGCCCAUAUCCCACUGGAUGGGAAGUUUUCAUUGUUUUGGGGCAGAAUUAUGUGUGGUGUUAUGUUGUUGGUGUGUAUUGGUCAGUUUACCUUGGAAAAUGAAGCCCUCGUCAAUCUGCUGCCUAAUGGGGGGCCUGCCCUGCACACACAUUCACACACACCCUCUCUCUCUCUCUCUC